CUUUAAGGCAAGGCCCUCAUGCCGCAUUUAUUGACUUCAUGUCACUGGCGCAAUGCUCAUCAGGCCGCCAGCACUCAUAGCAUGUUUAACUGACAUAUAGGACCCCGAUUCCUUCCCCUGCAACCGCGCCCGGAUACUCCAAGUACUCGUGCUCGAUGAGAAGACAAUCAUGAAGAUGAAAUCGACGACUCUCGCAGCAGCCUUCGGUGUGGCUGCGCGACUGGCGGGCAAGGCUCUUUCCACGCCAUCGGGGACUGCAUCCAAGACGCCCAACGUCCUCCUUAUUUUGACUGACGAUCAAGAUCUCCUGAUGGAUUCUAUCGACUAUAUGCCCAACGUGGACAGAUUGAUCAGCCAAAACGGAACGACGUUUCAAAAGCAUUACUGCACCAUGGCUCUCUGCUGUCCAUCGAGAGUCAGUCUGUUUACGGGCAAGUGUGUCCACAACACGAACGUCACCGAUGUCAGACCACCGUAUGGUGCAUACUCGAAAUUCGUGUCACAAGGCUUGAACGAUGACUAUCUGCCGCUGUGGCUGCGAGACGGAGGGAUCAAUACCUAUUACGUCGGCAAGUUUUCGAAUGGACACAGCAUAGACAAUUACAAGGACCCUCAGGCGAGAGGAUGGACCGAGAGCAAUUUCCUUCUUGAGCCGGGUCAGUAUGACUAUGAGAACACGACGUGGGCUCUCAACAAUCAACACUGGAAGUCGUAUCCUGGUGACAACGCCAUCACUCUGACUACGGAGAACGCUCUGCAUAUGCUCGACAAGGCUGCGACAGCCGGUAAACCGUUCUUUCUCACGGUAGCUCCCGCCGUACCGCACGUAGGACUACGCUCGGAUGGUAAAGGAUCAUUCGCGCCGAUUCCCCAGAAAAAGUGGGCAAAUGCAUUUCCGAACGCGAAAGUACCGCGAACCAAGAACUGGAACCCUCAGAACAUAGAUGGAGCAGUCUCCUGGCACCAGAACCUCCCAUAUCAGAACCAGACCCUGGUCGAUGAGCUCGACGCGUUCUACCGGGCGCGACUGCGGGCCGUCGCUGGCCUCGAUGACAUGGUCGCCGACCUUGUCGCAGCAUUGGAGAGCUACGGCAUCCUAGAAAACACCCACGUCAUAUACACAGCCGACAACGGAUACCACAUAUCGCAACACCGCCUGGGCCCGGGGAAGAAGUCCGGCUUCGAGACCGACAUCAACAUUCCCAUGGUCUGGCGUGGCCCAGGGGUACCGGCGGGCAAGGUCCGAAAUACCAUCACCACGCACACCGAUCUUGCUCCCACGUUUCUGGGCAUUUUCGGACUCCCUCCACGGACAAGCUUUGACGGCAGUGUCAUUGACUUUGAGACCGAGGCCAUAAUCUCCACGGGCGGCGCCGGCGCGGUGGUCGAACACGUCAACGUCGAGCACUGGGGAUCUGCCAAUGCGUACGAGUUGGUGGCGCCUCAUGCCGAUUACACGGUCAAGGGCGAAGACAACAACACGCAAAAGUCCGUGCGGCUACAGGGCGCCAAUGGUAGUCACAGCCUCUACUAUGCCGUCUGGUGCACCAACGAGCACGAACUCUACGACAUGUCGACCGAUGCUCAGCAGGUCGACAACCUCCUACCGCAUGUGUUGGACAUUUCACAAAUUGCAGCACAAGCACAAGCACCUGAUGACGGCGACGGCGACGGCAAUGGCAAUGGCAAACAGCUCCUGGGACGACCACUCCAGAGAGUCGUCGCGCGGCUCGACGCCCUACUCAUGGUGCUCAAGUCGUGCGUCGGCAUCGAAUGUACCGACCCCUGGGCCCAGCUUCAUCCACAGGGCGACGUCAACAGCCUGCAGGAUGCACUCGCCGAGCAGUACGACCAGUUCUACGCCUCCCAGCCCAAGGUCAUGUUCUCGGCGUGCAAGCAAGGGUACUUGAUCGAGUAUGAAGGCCCACAGCAGGCGAUACAUUACGCUGCCGGCGGCGGCUUCGAAUCCGGUCAGAAAAUGUCGUCGAAUUACACCGAUACCAGUGGCGUGUCGAUGUCGGCUUGGAGCUCAUAGAAAGGUCAUGACGCCUAAUUGUUCCAUUAUUCCAAGAUACUUUUGACCCAUAACUAAAGACCAGGGAAGUGGUGGACGCCGGGUGGCUUCCACCCACAUCCAGCGUUAACCCAUUUCACCCGACUGCUCUACAAUAGCCUCCAAACAGGGGAUUCAAGUAGGCCCUCGCGCAUCGGCUCA